AUGGAGUCAACCCACGGCCCAGGCCAAGGCCAGGGCCAUGGUUCCGUUUCCUGGGACCCCAGUGGAUUUGGUCCUGGCGAGCCCUGGGGACAACAAUACGCCACCCCGUUUGAUCACGACGUCGGCGCGUCCGGCGACUACCCGAGUCCGGAGUUUACUAACAAUGGCGCCCUCAAUUCCCACAUGACCGGAGCUGUCAACCACGGCGAUGGGUUACAGAACGCCUACGGAUUUUACCGGCAAGAUGAUGUCUGGCCGGGUCAUCCGCAAGCGACCACUGCGUCGUUCAAUCAAGGUUCCCCUUCGUCGCAUGAAUACCAACGGGAUCGACAGCACUUCUCUGGUGGUAACCAGACCGUAGCUGGUCGGUUUGCUGUCGACCUGCCACAGGGAAAUGGUUUUCCAAACCACUUCACCCAGGAUAUGUCCCAGACCUCUGACGGAUACCACCAUCAACGGCUAGCACAGUGGCAGGAGCCCACUGAUUAUGGCUUGAACCAGAUGUUCGAUAACCCGCUACACGCAAACACAGUGUCGGGUGACGCAUCGAGCACAUUUUACCCCAAUCACGGCCCAGCCGAGUCAGUGACUGCAAGGUUUGAGCCCGACGGACAUCAACAGAUGCCGGUGAGCUCAAGAUCAAUCCAUCCACAAUUUGCACAUCAGACAGGACAGAAGCUUGCAUUAGAAACGUUCCGGUUCCCGGCUGCUCAACCGGCAGCUGGGCGGCAGCCGAUCUUCGACCAUCAGCCUCAACCUUCAUCCGGUCAUCCGCCGGCUCGUCCGGUCGAGGGCCCAGGUAAUGUCAACCCAAAGCAGAGCCCAGCAUCCCAGAUCCAAGUAGCGCCGGCUGCUGUGGAACUCACUAGGGUUCCUACACCCGCUCCAGCGCCCCCUGCCUUGCCGGCCCUGACUGCGGCCCCGGCCCCGGCCCCGGCCGAUAUCCAACAGGCGGUCGCCGCCCAAGCUCAACCGCAGAGCCCAGCCGAACCGAUUUGCAGCAUCAACUUUGUGGAUGACGAGCUUUUAGCAUCCUCAACCCAACCUGGUACAACGUGGCCUGGCGUCGCGCACCUCGUCAUUGGCACGGCGCCCGUGAAACUUAAAAACGGGCCCCCUACCAAGCGGUAUGUGACCCUCGCGACGAAAGGCGGAGCCAACCCUCUCUUCCCGGAGGCAUCGCGGGGUUGGAUGCCGGCCGAGAUUCUUGGCAACCACUUUAAGGCGUACGAGACGUACAAGGACCCGGUCGACAUUGCAGGCCGCCAAAGUGCCGAUAUUCGUCUUAAACUCGACUUGAAACGCCUCAAUAUGGAAAUUCCGGGCGAUUGGUACAAGAAGGGAUUGAAGGAUCGCCUCAAUAGAGUGCCAAAUACCCCCAUUGAGCCCAAAGAGCCUAUGCUCACUGCGUUUGAAGCUAUGGAGCUUCUUCGGAUUCACCCUGUCCACCUUAGCAACCCAACGAUGGUUGGAGACGUCGUCUCCAAUUUCAGCACUUUUAUUCAGACCAAGGCAUCAUCUCUCUAUCGCCUCCUGGGUUCCGAAAAUCCGUCGGUGACGGCUACGCAAGUGCAGCUCGCCAAAACGCAGCUGGAAAGCGCGAUUGAACAAGGGUUGAGGGCCGAGCCUAGCCACUUGAUCGAGAGAAUGAGCGGCAGCCAGAGGAUGAUUGCCGGGUUGAUGAACACGUUGGUAAGACUGCUCAACACGGGUGAGAGACCGUCGUCUUUGGUUCAUGCCAUACUCCGGUUUUACAUCCGUCUUACUGGUGUGACGCCGGCGCAAUGGGAAAAGUUUAAGCUCGGGAAGGUCAAGAGGGCGCUGGAGAAACAGAAAGACGAGGUUGGCUUGAGCCUUAUUUCUCAGGUGGGCGGGAUUGGGGAUGAAAGCCCGGAGGCAAGUGACAGUGAGGGCAACAACCCUAGUGCGAGGCCCGGUGCUGGUAGGAAGAAAGCCGCCCACACUUCUGCGCAGACCGUGCCGCCUUCGAAACAAACAACCGUGGGCAGCGACCGAAAAAAGGCGGCCGCUUCUUCCACUACGGAAUCCACCACCCCAACCAGCGAUCUCAAAAACUCUUCCGCUGCAGUCACCUCAUCUAAAAAGAUGGCUUCUGGUGGUGAGGCCAACAAGCCGGUCUCUAAGGCAACCGAAAAGAUGCCUUCGAACGCGAUCGGGGUCAAACGGUCCCGCGAUGAAGAUCAGGGCGGCGCCGAUGCUCGUUCGGCCAAGAAAAUGAACAACCCCGCGUCGGUAACCAAGCCUCUGGCAACGUCCGCCAGCAAAACAGCCUCGACAACCCCCACCACGAAGCCCGCUACGGCCGCUUCGUCAACUUCUGUUUCGACAACCCAGCCAAAGCCGCGAACCGGACUUCUGCUUCCUGGAAAGGCUCGUCCCACAGUCAAGCCCGCCCCUAAGCCCCAGCCGACCAAGCCCGAGGCGGCUUCCAAGAGCAAUACUGCAAAGCCAUCGGCGGCGGCGGCGGCCCCGGAGACCACUCCCAAGGCUGGCGACGCGACCAAGCCCAGCGAGUCAACCAACUCGACUUUCUCUACUUUGAUGAAGGAAAUCCAGCAGGAGAAAACAAUUCGUGCUCCGGAAAGCCACCGGAAGAAGGCCCCGACCGUGGACCCCAACGAGACACCCGAGGAGCGCGAGCGUCGCUUGCGUAAGGAGAGCCGCCGCCACCUUAGGGUCGCCUUUAAGACCGGCGAUGAGAUGGUCCAAGUUAGGGAAUUCACGCGCGAACCCGAGGAGAUUGCCGAGGCCAACAUGGCGCGUAGCGCCCUCAUUGAUGGACGCGAUAAGAAUGCGGAGGAGGCCCAGACGAUGAAACGCCAUCACAAGGGCGGCAACAUCAUAGCCACGGAUAUCAACGAUCGCGAGUGGGAGGAGCUGACCCCCAUUGACUUCACGACCAUCGAUGAAUCGCUAAGGACACACACCUUCGACACCCGUGGUGGUCUCAAAACCUUUGAGAGCGAGGAGCGCAGGCGGAUGAAGGAACGGGAGUCCAUCGAGUUGGUGGCUAUCUAUUCCAGGCGCACCGACAUCCCGCCCACGCCGAGGUCGCCUCCUUACGAGCCACCGCUGCCGGCGGAGCGUCUCGAGCGCAAGGAGUGGAACCUUUCGUCCAUGCCCGCAAUCCAUGACGAAGCGAAGUUGAGGGCCUGGGAGUACAAGACCAAGGGUCCCAAAUUUGCUGCCGAGGCUGUGCUGAAGCGACUCGAGGAUCAACAGCGCGUCCAUGACGAGUGGCGCGCUGCCAACCCGGACAUAGUCCGAACACGCGACAGUUUCAAGGCGCCCGUGGUUAGAGUCCAGUGGCCGCCGUCUGACACCAUCGCCGAGGAUCCCCGCACUUGGUUCCACCCGUCCGCAGCCGCGGAACGUGACCGGAAAACGCUCAUGGCACUCUCGACAGCCAAAACCAGGUUCUUCCGCGAUUGCGACAAGUAUGACGAGACUUUGCCGCGCAGAAAGACGGAGGAGGAGCUGGACAACGAUCCCAAGCUCCAGAAUGUUCUCAAGAAUCUCAGCAUCGUGGUUGGGUCAAUCAACGCCAACAAGGUCCAGAGCGAGGCCGAAGAGAAGAAGAUUGGCGAAGCCAAAGUGGCCGCUGCUUCCAACCCGCUGCAGCAAGAGGUCCCGCAGCCUCACCACCAACCCACUGUCACCGCUAGCCAGACUACCGAGCAGCAGUCCGCGGCGCCCGAUUACACCGCGGCGUGGGCCCAAUACUAUGCUAGCCAGCAGCAGCAGCAGCAAAAGCAGCAGCAGCAGGGUUGGUAUGCUCAGCAAGCCGCCAACGCUUAUGUCCCACCCCAAGUCCCGCAGGCUCCUACUCACCAGCCUGCUACGGAUUCCAACAACCAGGUUGCCAGCAUCCUCGCAGCCCUUGGGGCCCAGCAGCAGACUGCCCAACCUCCGGCCCAAAACCAAUCUUCUGGCUACCCUGCCCCUGACCAGAAUCAGCUCAACACUGUCCUCAUGGCCCUCGGGCUGCACGGUCAGAAUCAAGCCCAGGCCUCGGCGCCGGCCACUCAGACCCAGCCCUACCAACAGUACUAUGGCCAAGCUGCGGCGCAGAACUACGGUCAGGGCUAUGGCAACCUGUACGGCAAUAGCAACAAAGAUUCCAGCCAGGAUCGCGACCGUGAGCGGGCUCGGGAGAGGGAUAAUUCCGGUUGGGACCGAAACGACCGUGACCGUGGUGAACGCAACGAUCGUGACCGCGACCACCACUACCGCGGCGGGAACACCGGCAACAGUGGCCGAGGCCGCAACGGUGGUAACAGUGCCAACAGCGGUGGUGGAAGGGGCAAUGACAACGUCCCCGACCACCUCCGCGGCAUCAACCGCAACCUAAUCGGCACCAAGGCCUGUGCCUUCUGGGCCAAGGGCCAAUGCGCCAAAGGCGACAAAUGCACUUUCCGCCAUGAUUAG